AUAAGCCUAUACAUAGUGAUCUCUAUUUUUGGUGCUUCAUCUUCUAUUAGUGCUUUUGUUUUUGUAUCAAAAAAAAAAGAAAAAAAAACACCAGAUUAAUUCUUCUGUUAUCGACACUAUCUAACGAUUUAAAACGUAUUAUUAAGACGUAUUAUUUUGCAUAUGACUGAUAGGCAUAGAACAACCAAGAGAAAGAAAAAUCAAACAUGUUAUCAUCAAUUGUCAAGGAACAUCAAAGUAAACAAGCAGCAAGAAAGGAAAGACAAGAACAGAAACGUAAAGAAGCUGUUCAAGCUGCUAGCAAUUUAACUCAAGCGCUUGUAGAUCAUUUGAAUGUUGGGGUAGCACAGGCAUAUUUAAAUCAAAAGAAGCUUGAUGCCGAGGCCAAACAAUUACAACAUAGUGCAACCAAUUUUGCCAAACAGACACAAUCCUGGUUGAAUUUGAUAGAAUCAUUUUCAAGUGCCUUGAAAGAAAUUGGCGAUGUAGAAAAUUGGGCUCGAAGUAUAGAAGGAGACAUGAGAACUAUUGCCACUGCCUUGGAAUAUUCUUAUAAAGCUACGCAAGAAACUCAAUCUGCGGGAUCAUCUUAAAAGUAUGAAUCUAUAAGAGGAGCCAUAGUUCUACAGAUUUACAAGCGAUAGAAUGUUUGAUUUUAUGCUCCCCUUAUAUAAAAAAAAAAA